GCUAUGGUUGAGGGCAUUGGACUUCUUAUCCUGGUGGUGGUGGCUGGUUGCAGAAGAACACCACAGAGCAGAAAAAAAUGAACGUGGGCGUGGGAGUGGUGCACAGACCCGCUUGUGCAACUGCCCUGCCUCUCCGCCGCGGCAGAGCUAGGGUUCAGUGCUCUUCAUCUUCCUCAGGGCAUGUAUCAUUCAUCAAAGAUGUAGCUGUCACUCAGCCUCCUGAGCACCUUCAUUGCUUGUUGAAAAUGCUUCAAACGAGAGGUGAAACUGUGAUUUCUCCCGGAGCUAGGCAAGGGUUGAUCCCCCUUGCUAUUCCUCUGUCACAGAAGAACUCAGGUGCUGUGACUGCACUGCUGCGGUGGCCAACAGCACCACCCCAAAUGGAGAUGCCAGUUGUGGAAGUUCGCAAGCAUGGGGUGUGGCUUUUGGCCAAGAAUGUAGAUCAAUAUAUUCAUAGACUGUUGGUUGAAGAAGAUGUCAACAACUCACAUGAAACUAAUGGUGAGCUAUUUCAUGCUUCCUCUGAGGCUGGUAAGAAGCUUUAUAGAAUGGGUGAUUUUGCUGAUUCCCAGAUUGCCAACAUUGAUGUCUAUCUCUUAAAAAAGGUUGGGUUGUUUCCAGAUGUGUUGGAGCGUAAAAUCAUGCGCCAUUUUGAGGAAGGAGAUGAUGUUUCAGCAUUGGUGACAGGGGAGUUCUACACAAAGAAGGAUCUGUUUCCAGGAUUUGGGCGACCUUUUGUAUUUAAUGCAGAGGUUUUGCUGAAGGUUGGACGUAACUCAGAAGCUAAAGAUGCUGCGAGGGUGGCUUUAAAAUCACCAUGGUGGACUUUGGGUUGCAAAUACGAGGAAGUUGCUUGCAUUGCACAAUGGGAAGAUGAGCAAAUUGAAUAUAUCAAAGAGAAAGUGACAGAGGAGGGUCGACAUGAAGAUCUUAAGAAGGGGAAAGCUCCUGCCCAGGUUGCAUUGGAUGAAGCUGCAUUUUUGUUGGACUUAGCUUCUGUUGAAGGGACUUGGGCUGACUCUCUGGAGCGCAUUGCUGAAUGUUACAAGGAGGCUGGACUCGAUGAAAUUGCGAGAUUUAUUCUAUACAAUGAUUGACACCCAACCACUGAGGUUUACCUCAACUGGUUGAUUUAUUAAGAGAAGUAUAUAUAAAUUAGUUGAUUGGUUGAGAAGUAGAAAAGCAUGCCCAGAUUUUUGGUUGUAAAUGUCCUUUCUAAGAGAGCAAGAGGGUUUUUUUUUUUUUUUUUUUUUUGUGGGCAUGUGCAUAAACUUCUCGUAAACCGUAUGGUACAAGGAAAGAUAAAACUUGGUAUCAUGGUUCAUAGAUGUUGAGAAAGGCAUGUUACUUUCAAUUAAAAGAGACAAUGAUAAAUUUGGUUAAACAGA